ACGCAGAAGUACAUUUGAACGAGACCGACGGAGUUAGAGAGAAUGCCAUCACGGAAAUCAAACGCUGGAUCGAAGAGUGCGAUGAACUGUGCAUACAAAUCGAAUAUUGGAAGAAUCUAGCCGAGGAAAAUCGCGACUGGUUUAUAAAUGAGGAAAACGACAAAUUUAUUCCAAAAUAGUAGAGUGAGAAUCAACAGAAAAAGAUUGAUUAUAGUAUGUUAGGUUUAUUAUAAGUAUAUCGUUUUUAUAUAAAAUAGAUAGAUAGAAUAUACUGAUUAUUUGUUUUAUAUUACACUUUAAUUGUUUGAUCCUAUGUUCAAAGAAAUCUGAAACUCAUAGAUUAGUUUUAUUUUAUCACCUUAUUGAUAAAAAAUUAUUUAGAUUAACGCCACAGACAAUUUUUAGGAAUGCUACACUAGUGCAACACUGGUGUUCUGCGUUAUGAUUCUUUAACAUAAAAAUGUAAAAUAACUUCUACAAUGAUUUUUUUACCUUUAUUUAACCUUUUAUAAAAAAAACUCUAUAGCAAUUUUUAAGAAUAAUUAAUUUGCUCGAUUUUUUUACAUUUCUUUAAAAAAUCUUGCAACUCUCACAAUCUCGAUUCUUAGUGUCAAUUACAAAAGGAACUCAGAAUUGAUGAUAUACAAAAGAACUUUUUUUGAACUCUUAAGAAUCCUUUUGAUGCAGAAAUGGGUUAGAAAAAGACUUCAUUUCAAAAAGAAUUCUUUUCGAAUUCGUUGUACUAUCUGGGAAGAUACUAUAUUCGUGAUAUAACAGGUAUACCAGAAGACAUUCACCAAGUUUAUCAAACCUGACCCGUCUACUGCAGAUGGCGUGAUAUCCGGUUACUGCAACCAGUGCUAUCACGGAAACUGAUUACAGAGUACGUAGAUUCCAAAGUGCACGUGCUACAUUGUCUGCCGAUCGUAUUAUUGUUGAUUGUACGUCGCGCGUCUCGUUCGCGCGUUUUCGCGAAGACUUGAGUCUUUUCUCGGUAAGAAAGUUUCACAUUCGUUUCGUCGCAUUCACUAUCAUAGCAAUGGCAGGCAGCUGCGAUGACAGUAUCGUGCAUUACACUCGACAAGAGCUGAUCAGUGAGGAUAAGAAAUAUGCAGCGGCACAUUUGAACGAGACUGACGAGACUAGAGUAAAUGCUAUAGCGGAGAUUAGACGCUGGAUCGAAGAAAACGACGAUUUGCCUUCACAAAUUGAUAACUUUUUUAUCUUGCGAUUUUUGAGAGUCUGCAAAUUUGAUCUCGGAAAAACUAAGGCCAGGAUGCAAAAUUAUUAUAAGCAGCGAUCUGACUUAUCAAAAUGGUACAUGAAUAAAGAUCCAUUUCAACCGGAACUGCAGGAAUUCUUUAAUCUAGGAUCGAUCUUGUCCUUGCGAAAGCCGGACAGUCAAGGAAGAUUGGUUAUUAUCGUGCGCGCUACUCGACAUGAUCCAAGAAGACACGAAUUAUCCAAUUUAAUUAAGGUCGCUCUUGCAGUAAUAGAAGUGGCUAUAAAACAUUAUCCCGCAGCAUCUGUGUAUGGUUGCGCAUUGUUCAUUGAUGUAGCCAAUCCAACUAUACGCCAUGUUGGGCAACUGCGACCUUAUAUAAUAAAGAAUAUUGUCCACGCGUGGCAGGGCUGUUAUCCCAUCAGGAUACAGUCAAUUAGUAUGAUCAAUGCGCCAGAAUAUGUUGAAAUUGUUCUGAAAAUUUUCAGAUCUUUUAUGACUGAAAAAAUGCGGAACAGACUGCACGUUUACACACAGAAUAUGAUGCACAAUUGUUUCAAAGAUAUUCCAGAUAACAUCUUGCCCGUCGAAUAUGGUGGCACUAACGGCACACUUCAGGAAUUAAUAGGGUAUUGGAAGAAAUUGGUCGAGGAGAAUCGCGACUGGAUUACGGAGAAUGAGAAUGAUCGAACUGUUUCAAAGUAAUAAAUACAAAAUUGCCAAAAAAUAUUUAAUACAAACGUCGACUAUGAUUAAUAAGAUAUUAUAGUAAGGUAUUAUAGUAAAGAUAUUAUACAAUUUUUUGCAAAAAUUUAAAUAUGAUUUAAUUUUUGCCAAUUAUACUUUAUCAUUUUUAAUGCGUCCAUUUUAGUAUUAGAUAUGUAUUCAGUAUUAUGAAAGACUUUUAUGUAAUUUUUUGCAAAAAUUUAAACUUUUUUUAGUUAAAAAUCUACCAAAUUAAAUAUUAAAGCUCUUACACCAGGUGUUAUGGUUUAUAUAUAAAUUUGUGUAAAUUGUGUAUUGAAAGAAAGUGAGUAAAAUUGCAAAAAUCGACAAAAAAUAAUUUCUGAACAUUAAAUUUGAUAGUAAUAAAUCGUGAUCAAAAUUAAGUUAUAGACCACAUGAAAUAAUUAGGGUGAGAAACGAGAAAUGAACAGUUUAUAAUAUAAUGUAUCGCUGUUACGAUAUGCUAUAUGCUAUAUAUAAAAAAAUAUGUACAUA